AUGAACUACGUACGAUCCAUCACGGGUAGCGUGAGCAAGGGCUGGAACUCAAUCAACCCGGCCACCCUCAGCGGCGCCAUCGACGCCAUUGUCGUCGAGCGCGAAGACGGCACCCUCGCAUGCUCGCCCUUCCACGUCCGCUUCGGAAAGUACCAGAUCCUGCGCCCGUCGGACAAGAAGGUCGAGUUCAGAGUCAAUGGCGAGCUGCAAGACAAGUCGAUGAAGCUGGGCGAGGGCGGCGAGGCCUUCUUCGUCUUCGAGACAACCGACGCUGUCCCCGCAGACAUGCAGACCUCGCCUAUUGCGUCACCCGCCUCCAGUCCCGAACAGCGCCCGACCGAGCUCCCGUCCGAACAGGCUUUCGACGAGCCCGACCCCCUCGAUCUCGAUGGCAGCAGCAUGGGCCGACGGCGGGGGCGCAUGUCCAUGUCGAUUCCCGGCUCGGACAUGAUGCACGAGGAAGCCGAGUUUGGCAGGCCCAGAUCGGGGGACUGGUCGGGCCUUCAUAUCCACAGGGCCAACACAGACGACGUGCUGCCGUCCACCAAGGAGAGCUUUGCAAGGAAUUUCGACGACGACAGCGAGAGCGGGCCGCUCACCGUCAGCAGGAAGGAUGCCACGGCCUGGAACAGGUCGACACGUUCAGCCAGUCCACCGCCCGUCUCACCCAGCGAAGCCCUCGCGCGCGCCCUGAAGCUAUCCCAGAAGCUUCUCACCUCGAACAUUCCGAACAAAGUCACAGAUAGCGGAGACUUGGAGCUGGACAUGACAGGCUACAAGACCAGUGAAGAGGAGGCGCUGCGGGCCGAAGUUAUUGCGCGGAACAUAUUGUCCGACGAGCUGGCCGGUGACUACGACAUCGGUGCGCUCAUAGGAGCAGACGAGAAUGGCAAUUUGUGGAUCUACAGUAGCGAAGAAGCCAAGGCAGCAGCCAUGCAAAAGUCAUCCAUGACCCUUCUCAACGAAGCAGCCCUGCGCUCGACCACUGCUGUGUCCGACCCCGGCUACCAGAGCGACAGCAACCAGAGCGAUGACGGGACACAGUAUACCAACUACCGCAGAGACUCGGACAGCGCCCUGGGCAUGUCAGCACCACAUUCGCCAGAGGCAUCCAAGGGCGACACGAGGACCUAUGCCAAGACGCUCCGACUCACCAGCGACCAGCUCAAGGCCCUCAACCUGAAGCCUGGCGCCAACACCAUGAGCUUCACAGUGAACCGCUCCAAAUGUGAGGCGUACAUGUUCUACUGGAAGCACGACGUGCCCAUUGUCAUCUCAGACAUUGACGGCACCAUUACAAAGUCUGACGCACUGGGCCACGUCCUGACCAUGAUCGGCCGAGACUGGACGCAUCAAGGAGUCGCCAAGUUGUACACCGACAUUGUAAACAACGGAUACAACAUCUUCUACCUCACCUCUCGCUCCGUGGGCCAGGCAGACACCACACGCGCCUAUCUGAAUGGCGUGGUACAGGACAACUACCGCCUCCCCAAGGGCCCCGUGAUAAUGAGUCCCGACCGCACCAUCGCCGCGCUGCGCCGAGAAAUCUACCUCCGCAAACCCGAAGUCUUCAAAAUGGCCUGUCUGCGCGACAUUAUGCUGCUCUUCGACAAGCCAGGCCACCAAACACCCUUCUACGCUGGCUUCGGCAACAGACUCACAGACGCACUAUCGUACCGCAGCGUCAACAUCCCAUCCACACGCAUCUUCACAAUCAACUCCAACGCCGAAGUUAGCCUCGACGUCCUCUCCCUCAAUUCCUACAAGACUGGAUACGCGAGUAUGCGCGAGAUUGUAGACCACUUCUUCCCGCCCGUCGGCCUGCUCGUGCCCGCCGGCGGCGAGGGAUACACCGACUUCAACUACUGGCGUGACAAGCCGCUCGAUAUCGAGGACUUCACCGACAGCGAGAGCGAGAGUGAUGAGGACGACCAGGGCACCGAGGCGGCUAGUAUCCGCAGCGAAGACGAAGGCUCUGAAGUCGGCGAGGAUCUGGAGGCUAGCUAUCUCUCCCGCGAAUCGCUCGAUAUGGAGGAUAAUGGCCUGGGCGAUUCUGUUAUGGAGAGCAUCGAGGGGGAUGAUGGGGAGACAUAUAUUGAGGGUGAAGUGUAUGAUGAUGAAGAGGAGUUGGAGGAGGAGGAGAUGAUGUUACAGGCUGAGGGCGUCACGCCGACGACAGAGAUGGUUGAGCAGGCGAGGGGACUGGAUUUGGAUGGUCGGGAUGAAGUGCCUACGCCCAGAGCGAGUCCGAGGAAGUAAGAUGAAGGUAUUCUGAGAUUUCCUUGUUGCAUAGCAUAGCAUGGCAUUGGUAUGGCGUU